GGUAGUGAUCACGGUUGUUUUUCGUUUCACAAAAAAAACCGGACAACGAAACAGUAUGUGCGUUAGUCUGCACGCAUGUGGAUCGGAAAUGUGGAUUCGUUUGUUAAAAACCAUAAUUCCUGCCAAUUGCGAGUAACAUAAGAGGCUAUCGUAUAAAACUAAGCCCGCCUAACACCCAGUCAACACUCAGUUAGAACAGGUCGAGUGGAAGGAGAUCAAUCAAUCACAUCGAAAAAAUGUUCAUCAACAUGAACCGAUUAGUCGGUUCGCUAGCUAUUAUCACAUUCUUCACCGUCCCACUACCGCAUGGAGCAGAUUCGGCGAAAAUUUUGUGUUUCUUCCCAACCGCCAGCAAGUCGCACGUUCUCGGCACGCAGAUGCUGCUAAAGAACUUGGCUAACCGAGGACACGAGGUCACCAUGGUUAGUGCGUUCCCGCUGUCGAAGCCGUUGAAAAAUUACCGAGAUAUCUAUGUACCGAUAGAGGAUGCUUUCGGAGCGAUGAUGGCUAAUUUCAUGAAAGGUGGCAGCCGAAAUAUGAUAAAAAUUAUGCCCAACAUUACGCAAGCAUCGUUGGACUACACCAACUACACUCUGAACUCGCCGCAGUUCCAGCAGCUCAUUAGAGAGGAGCAUUUCGAUGUGGCCAUCCUGGGGUUUUUUAUGAAUGAUUUCAUCUUCGGACUAGGUGCCCUGUUGCGGUGUCCGACAAUCGUAUACUUUUCGGCCGGUAUUAGCCAGCUCGUAAAUGUGGUUGGAAAUCCACAGGAAAUCGCUUCCGUUCCCCAUCUGUUGCUGGGGAACAAAAAUCCCAUGACAUUUCUGGAUCGAGUUAAAAACACUCUGUUCAGCGUAGUGGAAGUCGCGCUGAUCGCAUACGUUCACCACAAAUCUAAACAUUACUACUAUUAUAAUUUCCCAUCGGAAAAAGGAUUCCCUUCAUACGAGGAAGCUAAAGUGAACACUUCUCUGCUGAUGUACAACUCGUACUUCACUCAAACUGUGCCUCGUCCGCUGCUACCGAACGCGGUGGAAGUUGGCGGACUACAAAUCAAAUCCAAACCGGACCCUCUACCGACGGAUGUUCAAGCCUGGCUAGAUGGUGCCGACGAGCACGGAGCUAUCUUUUUCAGCUUCGGAUCCAAUCUGAAAAGUUCCACACUCCGAUCGGACCGAUUGGAAGCUAUUAUCGGAGCACUAGGAAGCUUGCAACAGCGAGUAAUCUGGAAGUGGGAUACUGAGCACAUGCCCGGGAAACCCGCAAAUGUCAUGAUUGGCAAGUGGCUUCCACAGGACGACAUCCUGGCCCACCGGAAUCUGAAACUGUUCAUCACUCACGGUGGUCUGGGAAGCAUAACGGAGGCGAUGUACCAUGGUGUCCCGAUCGUUGGGAUUCCCAUGUUUGGCGAUCAGGACAAUAACGUGGCCCAGGUCGUUGCCGAAGGGUGGGGUGAAUCGGUUUCGUUUGACGAUAUGACGGAGAUGAGUUUGGCGGCUGCCAUCACCAAGGUGCUUUCCGAUCCGAAAUAUGCCGAGAAUGUGGCACACAUCUCGGAACCGUUUCGGGAUCGACCUCAGAGCGCACUGGAUCUGGCCACCUUCUGGGUGGAGUAUGUGGUGCGGCACAAGGGGGCUAGGCAUCUGCACUAUCAAGGGGCGGAUUUGAAUUUCCUGCAGCGGAAUUUGAUCGAUGUGAUGGCGUUUUUGGGAGCGGUUUUGUAUGCUGUUUGCAAGCUUUUGGGCGUUUUGGUGCGGAAAUGUGUGUGCGGUGGGAAGGAGAAACCGAAGCAAAGAAAGACGAAGAAACAUUAGCUAGUUAUAGGUACAUAUAGACAAUGUUAUGUGAGUGCGAAAUAAAUUCAAGGUCGUAGAGAGCAUUUAUGCUUUAUUUAUAGUAGAAUGUUUUUCAAAGAGAAGAACAUCUUGGCGUUCUACAUAACGUUUAACCCACAAAUAGGCAAGCUAACAUCGUGAUUGCGAGAAGCAUCGCUCCUAAGAUCUAUUGAAAUCUAAAACCUUUUUUGUCUUUUUAUCAGUAAAAUAAUUGGAAAUCCAAAAUGCUCGAACAAUUUUUCUAUUUCUAAUUAUGAGUUCAUCAAAACUCAAGAAUAGAAAUCCUCCAUGCUUUGAUGCUCAUUGUCUUUUUUGGAUUGAAAGAUCAAUUAAAAAGUGUCUUCUUUUCUGGACAAUUCGUUGUUAGAAUACUGAAACUGUUCGUUUUUUGCCUUUCUCAUAUAGAAAGGUUAUGCAAUCACUCUAAAAAUCGUCAAGUUAAUCCCGGCCCGGAGGGCCAGGAGUCAUAAACCAUUCGACUCAGCUCGUCGAGAUCGCAAAAUGUCUGUAUGUAUGUAUGUGUGUAUGUGGAAAAAAAUGUCACCUCUGUUUCUCAGAGAUUACUGGACCGAUUUGCACAAACUUGAAAGGUACAAUCUUCCCAUCGGCUGCUAUUGAAUUUUUUAUUGAUUGGACUUCCGGUUCCAGAGUUACGGGUUAAAGAGUGCGUCCACACAGCAAAUUCCCAUAUAAACUGAAAUGAAAAAUUCUCAAAGGGGGGAGUAAGGGAAAAUUUCAAAAUCGAAUUUGCAUUUCUGAUGCCAAAUGACUUUAAAAUUCAUGAAACGUUGAGAAUUGAUGAAAUCUAAAAAAAAGCCAUGGAAUCGUAGUUUGGACAAAUGAGAAAGGCACAAUUCCACCACUAGGUGGAUUAAAACAGGUUUUACGCUACGGAAACAGGACCGUGAAAAAAUGACGACGGUCCCUAUUAUUUAAUUUUAUUUAUUAUUAAGGCUUUAACCUCAUG